CGGACGUGGUGUCUCAAGCAAAGGGUUCAAUCACUGAGCCCCGCCCUCCUUCCUCUUUGCUCUAUUGCCCUCACUGAGUGCCCGAUAGAAGGAAUCAGCGUCCAUGACUGGAGCGAGAGGGACAGACGACCACAAAUGGCGCCGCUUGUUGAUCGUGUGCCCGAUGGUAGGCGUAGCCCCGAAGAGCCUUGCCAAUGCGGGCUGAUCAGUGUACUCGUCCUUGAAGGCUGUCAUGGGCCCCUCUUUGCUCUUCUUCAUGCACCGCACGGCCGCCACCACCUGCUUGAAGUGCUCGCGGCUGUGUCUGUCACACUUGUCGAGCCACCUUUGCACCAGCCCGUGAUGAGCCUGGGCCACCACAUCCACAAACGUGACCUGCGACGCAGAAGAAAAAGGCACGCAGCUGGGAGAGCCAUGAUUCUGUUGGGUGUGUGUGACCUGUGAUGGUGGUCUGGGUAUCGCCCCCGCUUCGAAAGUGUCGUCGAUUUGCUUUUCGUAGGACGUGACAAAGCGGCGAUCCGGCGGAUAGCCGACACCAACGUCCCACGGAACGCUUUGCUUCUGAAAGGAGGAGACACAUACACGAAGCCCUGACGUGAAUCACCCAUGAGCCGUGGUGUGUAUACCCCUUCGAGCCACCGACCCACCCAUCCCACAGACCAUAGCGACAGGCGCCAGCUUCCUGUAUAUCUUCUCGAACCUGUCAUUGUUAGCAAACGCUGCGCCAACCACAGAGAGCGAGAGAGAGAGAGACAGACAGGCACAAGCAUUCAUCCCCAUGUCAUGAUGGCACAGAUACACGGACAGGCAGCCGCCCGCCCACUUACCCCGUUUAUGGAAUUUGAAGUGCGCUCUGCUCAUCGACACCCACAUGUUGCCCGCAAACGAGUCUGGUGGCGUCUCGCUCAUACAGUCAAAUGUCCUGGCAUCGCUGGUCGACUCGCUACUCUCCGCCUCUGUGGGCGCGUGUUGCGACGAGAGGAAGUGUCUCGGCGGGUAGUGGUGGUUAAGCCACGCAUUAAGCGUGUUGCUGUACUGAGAAGACGUUGUGAUUUCCGUCUCGGCAGCACCAGAGGAGGGAGCUCCUUUCCUCUUUGACUUUGGUCGCCGGUGACUCCGGAGCUGCAGGAAAGCAAAACAAGGCACUUGUGCAUCUAUGUCUUUGUGAGGUGCUCAGCUGGCGUCUGGUUGUUACCUUCUUAUCGAGAAACAGCCGGACGGGCGGAACAGCAUACGAGUCUUCGCUUCUGGCCUGCCGUCCUGGCCUUCUCUCGUCAGGCAGAGAGCGGGCACCGAUGGACGGCAGGUGGCCCUUCUCUUGGUGCAGGCUUGCUGGUGAGCUGUGGGCAGGGACGGCCGCCUGCCGCUGCACUGUCAUACCGGCGUGGGGAGGAGGGAAUGUCUUGGUGCGCCUGUGGAGGGAGGGGGUGCUCCUGUCAUCACAAAGGAGAAUUGUGUCUUUUGGGGCGGUUUGUCCUCCUCACUCACUCACUCACCCACUCAUUGACUCACUUUGUCUGCGGCGGCGCCUUCGUGAGCGUUUUUGUGAGCGCGUUGUCCUUCUUGGGGCUGCCGGGCACAGACGCUGCUUCUGCGCGUGUCUCAGCCUGCUCCUCCCCCCUCUGUAUGGCGCCGUGUACGGUGAGCAGGGAGUCGAGCAUGCCCAGGAAACGCCGCUGCUCCAACUCGCUCCGCCAUUUCUGCAAGAGAGAGGACCGCACUGACACUGACUCAUCCGCCAAACAUGAAUGGGUGUACAUGCAUUGCUUCGUCAUGACGGUGCGUACGUGCCACUCCAGAAGUGAGGGCAGCUCUUCCUUGAACAGAGUUGUCACGAACGACUCGCGGCAAGACUUGAUUGACUCUCGCUCGGCGGCCAUUUUCUUCUCAGCGAGCUCAGCUCCCCCCAGCGG